UUUUUGAGGGAUUGGCGAGUGUGAUAUAAGAGUGUUAAGAGGUUUUGCAUCUUCUUAAAAGAUGGUAUUGUGUUAUAGCUUUCGCAGAACCAUAUAACCUGACGUGGUUUCAUCAGUUUCAUUCUGAGUUUUGGCUCAUUGUAAAUGAGCAAGUGACCAUGAGGUGUCAACAUAGUGAGUCAGUUACCACAUAUAUUGAUCAAGUGAGCACAUAUUGAGACCACAUUUACCGCAUAAUGGAUCCCGUCACUUCUCGAUCAGCAAAAAAGAUGAAAUCCACAAUGGGGGACCAGCCCAAGAUUAUGGUGUUUCGGCCAACUUGGGACGAGUUCAAGGACUUCACCUCGUAUAUAUCAUAUAUAGAGUCUCAAGGAGCCAACAAAGCAGGUUUAGCAAAGAUCAUCCCGCCGCCCGAGUGGUGCCCCCGCAAGAGCGGCUAUGACUUGGACUCCUUGGACCUUACAAUACCGGCCCCCAUUUGUCAAGUGGUGACUGGGAAACAGGGGCUGUACCAGCAGAUAAAUAUUCAAAAGAAACCUAUGACUGUUAAGGAGUUUAAUAAAUUGGCAAAUAGCGAUAGGUAUCGAACACCCAAACACUCAUCGUACGAAGAUUUGGAACGAAAGUACUGGAAAAAUAUCACCUAUGUUUCCCCUAUAUAUGGAGCUGAUGUUUCGGGCAGCAUUACAGAUCCAGACGUUAAGGAAUGGAAUAUUAACAGCUUGGGUUCUAUUUUGGAUUAUGUUAAUGAAGACUAUGGUAUUAGCAUUGAUGGAGUUAACACUGCCUACCUCUACUUUGGCAUGUGGAAAACCACAUUUGCCUGGCAUACAGAAGACAUGGAUUUGUACAGUAUUAAUUAUCUUCACUUCGGAGAUCCGAAGACAUGGUAUUCCAUACCACCAGAACAUGGACGUAGACUGGAACGGUUGGCCAAUGGAUUCUUUCCAAACUCCUUCAAGGCAUGUCCGGCAUACCUCCGCCACAAGAUGUCUCUUAUGUCACCACAGAUUCUCAAACAGUAUUCCAUCCCAUUUGACAAGAUCACACAGGAGGCAGGAGACAUCAUGAUAACUUUCCCCUAUGGCUACCAUGCAGGAUUUAAUCAUGGCUUCAACUGUGCCGAGUCAACUAACUUUGCCAUGCCUCGUUGGGUUGAAUAUGGCAAGCGGGCCACCCAGUGUCAGUGCCGUGGGGACAUGGUAAAGAUCUCAAUGGAUACAUUUGUGAAGAGGUUUCAGCCAGAGCGGUACGAACUCUGGCUGGCUGGCAAGGACAUAGGCCCACAUCCAGAAGACCCAACGCGUUCCUCUGCUGCUGCCCAGCCCUCCAUAAAUGAUGUGCUUUGCAACAAAAAGAAUGUCACUCCAUCCCCAUUGAUUGAACAGUUGCUAAAGCAGUCGCCCAAGAAAAAGAAGCUCAAGCGUCAUCCAAUCCACCAAAACAAGAACGAAGACGAGUUGAUUUUCCACGAUGAGGAGGUGGACGAGGAACUUUCACAGGUUUUGGAUGAUAUCUAUGCCAAAGCUGGAGAGUCAUAUUCUGCCACGGCAGAUCCAGAAUUUUCAACAGAAAAGGUCUGCUACUCUAGUACCACUGGAGCGUUUUCAAAGAAAAAGAGGAAAAUUGAUGGUGAAAAGGGAGGCAUUCCAUCAGCUAUGGCUGGACCAGAUGGUCUUCCAAUAAAGAUGGAGGAAUAUGGGGAAAAUAGAGAUAAAACGACUGGUCUACAACAUGAAUUGGGUCAGGUACUAUCUGAUAUUGAAGGUUUCAUGGAUGUGAAGUCAAGAGGUAUAAUAAGACCCAUGAGAGGUGGAAAUGCAAGAUCUAGGGCAAGAGGAUCAAGAACAAAUGCUAUGAAACCUCAGAGAAUGAAUUUUGCUAAAUAUAUAAAAAAUCAAAUUGGAGGAUAUGGAAAUAUGAAUAAUCAAAGGUUCAAGUCAACAUACCCAGAACCACCGGAAGAUCUGUACGAGAAAUUACGUUUGGCUGGAACAACUAUCACAAGACCGGUUAUUGCGAAUAAUUCUACUUCACCUCGAAAGAUGGGAAAUCAGAAUCCUGGGUUCCAAGUAAAACGUGAAGGUAAUGUUCAGAAUCUCGCCCAUCAAUCUGCUAUGCCCAGUACCUCGGGAAUAAUGCGAAUGAAUGCAGCACCACGCCCAGAGGUGUUUGCAAGAAAAUUUUUACCCCAAUCCACAUCUGUUGUUGUGCAUUAUAAACCCCGUGCCAAUGCAAGAGGUCGUCCAGUAAAGCCCAAAAUUCCCAUUCAGAGAAUUCCAAUUAAAAAUAUUCCCCCAAACAUGCUUGCAAGAACUAACAUUCCAAAUUUCUCUGCACAAGGAAGUGCUCACAGAUCUUCAUUCUCUGGCUUCACAAGUCCUGGAGGUCAUAAACAAUUUCCUAUCAAUACUGGAAAAGGAAUGCUGAGUCCAAGGAAGAUCCAGCAGAAUGUCUCGUCUACAAAUCCAGGAGAAAUUGUGUGUACCCCAGAUGUACUCGGAUUGCUUGAAUCUGUCAAAGAGGCUGAAAAAAGGGCAGAGAAAUCAGCGCUGUCUUCUCAGAUUGGUGGAAAACCAAAGGUUCCUGAAGGAGUAUUUGAAAUGUCAGAGAGUUUAUCACGACAAUAUCAGUCACAAACUCCAAUGCAGCAACAUUCUCAGACCUCUGGUCUUGUACAGUCACAGAAGCUUGAUAACACAGUUAUAACGACUCCAGGUAUGCAGGCAUCACCAUCCAUAAAUGGAUCUGUAAAUACCGAAGGGCAAGGUCUAAACUCAGAGUAUCAGCAGAAUAUGACACCUAAAGUGGAACAAAACUUGCAAGCACCAACUGAAGGUAACUUGAAGCCAGAGGAGAAAGAAAUUUCAAGUCCCUUAGAAAACCUAACACACAAACCCUUGGAAGAACAAGUGCAGCAAUUUACCAAACAAGAUUCUGCAAACUAUAGGGAAAUGCUUCAGACUUGUGUAGAGACUAAUUCUCCAGAAGAAAAAACACAUGCAUCUAUGGGACAAAGCGAGGAAGUCUCUGUAGGGAUGAAGGCUCAUGCAUUGAAUUCAAAUGGUGAACAUUUAGUGCCUCUGGCACAUAACACGCCAUCUUCACCUGAAUCAAAUCAGUUGCAUAUGCCACUUGCAUUGCAGACUCAGGCACAAACAUCCCUGCAGCACCAUGAAUUAACACACCAGGUACCACUUCCUUUCCAGACUCAAACUACAACACCCAUGCACACCCAGGCUUCAGAACUACCUACUUACACGCAAACCUUGGACCCUAGUCAUACUCGGGCAUCGGAGCAUCCUUUUGACAGACAGGCAUCCGAACAUCCUAUUUACUCUCAGGCAUCAGAACCUCCUGUUCACACACAGGAAUCAGAGCAUCCUGUUCACACUCAGGCAUCAGAGCAUCCUAUUUACACCGAGGCAUCAGAUCGUCCCAUACACACCCAGGCAUCAGAGCAUCCUGUUCACACUCAGGCAUCAGAGCACCCUGUUCAUACGCAUUCAUCAGAGCAUCCUGUUCACACCCAAGCAUUGGAGCAUCCUAUUUACACUGAACCAUCGGAGCAUCCUGUUCACACCCAGGCAUCAGACCAUCCCAUUUACACCCAGGCAUCAGAGCAUCCUGUUCACACCCAGGCAUUGGAGCAUCCUGUUCAUACCCAAGCAUUGGAGCAUCCUGUUCACACCCAGGCAUUGGAGCAUCCUGUCCACAUACAGUCAUCAGAGCACCCUGUUCACACCCAGGCAUCAGAACAUCCUAUUCACAUUCAAUCAUCGGAGCAUCCUGUUCUCACCCAGGCAUCAGAACGUCCUAUACACAUUCAAUCACCGGAGCAUUCUGUUCACACUCAUCCUGUUCACACUCAGGCAUCUGAGCAUCCUGUUCACACUCGGGCAUCGGAGCAUCCUGUUCACACCCAGGAAUCUGAACAUCCUGUUCAUACCCGGGCAUCUGAGCAUCCUGUUCACUCCCGGGCAUCUGAGCAUCCUAUUCACUCCCGGGUAUCAGAGCAUCCUAUUCACUCCCGGGCAUCAGAGCAUCCUGUUCACACCCGGGCAUCAGAGCAUCCUGUUCACACCCAAGCAUCAGAGCAUCCUAUCUACACCCAGCCAUCAGUUUCCGUACAUUCAGUCAUGACCACGCACGAGUCAAUGCCUGAACAUUCACAAGCACAGUCAGGCCUGCAAACUACAGUGCAUUCAACCUCAGAAGCAGCACAUCCUCUAUUACCCAUGCAAACAUCACCCUUCACAAUGUCUUUGCAGAUGCAACCUCCAUCAGUGCAUGGCCCAUCACUGAACCCCAUGUCCCUGUCACACAUCCAUUCUCAGAUGCUUUCCUCCAUUCACACAGCCUCGUUGCCCCCUGUACAUCCUCAGCUGUUAACCCCAAUGCCUGCACACACACUUGCAUCCAUGAAUUCACAGUUACAUCCCUCCAUUCACAUGCCUCAUCUGUCAGCACCAAUGCACAUGCAUCUUCAGACACCACCACAUUCAUCGCACCCGGUACCGGCACAGAUCCCAUUCAUUUCACCCAGUGAUAUUUCAAAGGCAGCAUUACAGCGGUUUUCACACAGCCCAGAUUCACAAGCAGUGUCCAGAUAGAAGAUUUCACCUUCCAAUCAAAACCGUACAAAUGGAUAUUAGUCUUAGAUAUUGUUUGAGCUAGAUAAGUGUAUAGAAUAAAUAACUGUGAAUGUCCAAUGUAAGAAAAUAUUUUGCAUAUUUUUUUUUCCAGGUUAGGUCUUCAGUUUUAGUAUGCUUUUCUAGUAUUCAAUGAAUAAGCUAGAAAAAUACUAGAAAUCCAAAUUUAUGGAUUGGAUGUAAAAUUUUCUUCUAUUUCUUUGCAGGAGAUUAAAUCUAGCUAUUAGCAGGUUAUGCAUAAUAGCCAAAGUGCGUGCUACCUCAGUGCAUGAUUUGUUUUUAGCUGAGCUAUUAUACAGUACAUUUCACUUUUUAACAUGCAAGUAAAAAUGACGGCAGUAUGUGACGUCGAUGAAAGUUAUGUAGAAUAAAGCACUGGUGGAAUGGGAGCUAAAAUGCUAAAAUUUAUACAGUAUUAACAUUUUUAGUCCUGAUCUAGCUUAUUUGUUUUGUGUUUAGAAUUGUGUGAAUAUAAGCUUAGUGUAUUCUGAAAUAAUAGGAUGACUAGUUUUACACUUCAGAAUUUUUUUUUAAUUUAAGAAAACAAAUUGUAUUAUUACUUGAGAAAGACGAAUAAUUUCCAACAGUCUUAAUCUGAUCUCAUGACUAAAAAUAGGUAUAAAACUUCUUAUCUGGUAAUGUCUUCAUUACUGUUAUAACUCAUGUUUUGUGAAGACAUUGAGUUGUGGGAAUUACUGUAGGUUUAUAUUGUUGGUUUUUAGAUAAUUUGCUGUUGAAUAUGUAAUUCAUUCACUUCAGUAAUUCACAUUUUGCAGAUAAAAUAUAUCUUGUGAAGUGGUUGAUAUGUUCCAUCCUUGACUUGUAAAAUAUAAUAGAUUUUGAGAUUGCUUUGACAUUCACAGUUUCAUCAUAAAAAGUUGUAUGGAGUAUUAUGGAUUGUCACUCUGCCCAUUUUGCUGUUUUGUACCCAUCUAAAUGUACCUGUAAAUCUCCAUUUAUUCUCGCAUCAUUAUUUUUUCAUAUUUUGCUGUUUUCUUGGCACUUUGUGCUUAGUCUGUUAUAUUUAUUUUUUUUACUAGUUCGUUAAACACAGUAACAUACUUUUUAAAAGUUGUGUUUAAGGUUUUCUUGAGAGUUACUGUGAUACUGGGUGAGGGAUUCAAUUGUAAUUAAAAUUGUUUCUGCUACCUAUGCAGUAGCGAGAGCAACUUGUAGAAAUAUUAAAUGUUUCUGUUGCUUUGGAGUAAUUUUAAGACAUUGAUGUAGAGCAAUGGUCAGUGAUGUUACAAAUUUGUGAAGCUCUAUAUGGUGGAGGGUACUCAGUGGCCACUCGUGGAAGGAGCCCAGUAGCCACUCCUGGAGGGAACCCAGUGGCCACUCCUGGAGGGAACCCAGUGGCCACUCCUGGAGGGAACCCAGUGGCCACUCCUGGAGGGAACCCAGUGGCCACUCCUGGAGGGAACCCAGUGGCCACUCCUGGAGGGAACCCAGUGGCCACUCCUGGAGGGAACCCAGUGGCCACUCCUGGAGGGAACCCAGUGGCCACUCCUGGAGGGAACCCAGUGGCCACUCCUGGAGGGGACCCAGUGGCCACUCCUGGAGGGAACCCAGUGGCCACUCCUGGAGGGAACCCAGUGGCCACUCCUGGAGGGAACCCAGUGGCCACUCCUGGAGGGAACCCAGUGGCCACUCCUGGAGGGAACCCAGUGGCCACUCCUGGAGGGAACCCAGUGGCCACUCCUGGAGGGAACCCAGUGGCCACUCCUGGAGGGAACCCAGUGGCCACUCCUGGAGGGAACCCAGUGGCCACUCCUGGAGGGAACCCAGUGGCCACUCCUCGAGGGAACCCAGUGGCCACUCCUGGAGGGAACCCAGUGGCCACUCCUGGAGGGAACCCAGUGGCCACUCCUGGAGGGGACCCAGUGGCCACUCCUGGAGGGGACCCAGUGGCCACUCCUGGAGGGGACCCAGUGGCCACUCCUGGAGGGAACCCAGUGGCCACUCCUGGAGGGAACCCAGUGGCCACUCCUGGAGGGAACCCAGUGGCCACUCCUGGAGGGAUCUCGAUUGCUGGACCUUGAUAACCUGAGAGGCACAAGAUUAGAUAUGUGAUGAACCUAUGGCAGCCAGUCUCACAGCAACAGAUUCUUUGUAACUCAUCACUCUUUAACUUAUUUGUUUUGUUUCGAAGACUGCUGGUAUCUAUUUGAUUAAAUAAAGUUCUAUAGGUAGAAUAUUCUGUAAAUUAAACUUUUACCUGCACUGCUAUGGAGAUGGUAUUGAGAGAAUGACCUUGGGCUGAAUUAAGAUAUUUUCUCGACUAAGGUGAAUGUUCCUCCUAUUUGCUUGCGUUUUCCUUGUCCCUCGUAAAGUUAAAUAAGAAGUAAGGAGGGAUGCAACUUUUAAGUACUUUGCCGUGUGAAAAAAUAUGUAGUAAAGAUAUCUUGUCUUGGUCAUCCUUGGUCAGUGUUUUCUCUGUAAUAAAGAUGAUGAAAUAUAAUGCACCUCGUGAGUGUAAGUCAAGUGCAUUGCAUGUUUUUGGUACUUUCAUUAUACAAGAGUUCUCAUUAUCAUAAAAUCAUGUUAGAUACGAACACGAUCACUGAAAUCACAUUUGUCCUACACUCACUCAGUGUCUUAGGCUAGUGAAUGUAAUUUAUUGUGUCGACAGACUGCAGAAAAAUCACCAUACCCACAAUCCUGUAUAUAGUGAAAAUUGUCACAUUAUUUCAUUAAAGAGAUAAUCCAUUUUA